UCAAAAGGAUAGUGAGGAGUCCAGUAUAGAGAAAUUGCUGACAGCCUACUUGUACUAGCCUACAUUUGUUCUGUUUUUGCGCAGACGCUUUUGGAGCGUUAUUCUUAUGAAUUACACACAAAGCAGGAGGCGUUUCUUUGCGUUUAGUUGUCUUAUCUGUGUUGAGAGGACGAUGCCUUUGAGGACCGGACUUUUUCUCCUGAUGGUGCUGAAUGCAUCAGCCUAUGAAGUGGAUCAAAACGAGUCCUAUUCGCCCAGGAGAGCACGCUUUUCUGCCAAUAGCCCUUCAGAUGUGGCACGCUGUCUCAACAGUGCCCUCCAAGUUGGCUGUGGAGCCUUUGCCUGCCUGGAAAAUUCAACUUGUGACACAGAUGGCAUGCAUGACAUCUGCAAGUCCUUCCUGUACAGUGCUGCUAAAUUUGACACUCAGGGUAAAGCGUUUGUGAAGGAGAGCCUUAAGUGCAUUGCCAAUGGCAUCACCUCGAAGGCAUUCCCCACCAUCCGCCGCUGCUCCGCCUUUCAAAGAAUGAUAUCUGAAGUCCAGGAGGAGUGUUAUAGCAAGCUGGAUAUCUGCACGGUUGCUCGAUCAAAUCCAGAUGCUAUUGGUGAAGUGGCACAGCUGCCAAAUCACUUUCCCAACAGGUUUUAUGGUAAGCUGCUACAGAGCCUGAUGGACUGUGAUGAGGACACGGUGGAUCGCGUCAGGACCAGCAUGGUGUCGCGGCUCGGCCCAGAGAUGACCAUGCUUAUUCAGCUGCUGCAGAACAAGCCCUGCCCAUCCACUGCUGUGGCUGCAGCUGCUGCCAUCCCAACUGGAGCGGAGAGCCGUGGGAGCUGGCGCUUGUCCAUGGGUCCCCAUGUGUACAAGAUCCAGCCUAAUCUGCGAAACAGAGACUCUGCCAGUCAUUUUGGCAAAAAGCGCUCUGCCAGUGACAGCUCCUAACUUCCACUUCCACUCACUCCUCAAAAACACCAUGAAAGCUCCUCUAUUCCCUAGAGGUGAUGAAAAUCUAUUCCUCUGCUAGACUGGAAGUUACAGAAAUCUGCACCUCUAGGGAAUGCCGGACCACCCAUAGAGUUGAUAUCAGUUUGAUUGUUGUUAUAUUGUAUAUCCUACACUUUCUUCCGUAGACUGUUUUCAAACGUGCCCACUCAGAAUUAGUGUUGAACACGAGGCUGUUGCACUUGUGCAACGUGGUCCUGUUCACUCCUCUUGUCGUCCUUUAACAGAGAUUAAUUCGUAAGUCUUUUGAUGACAAGCAAAAAAAAAAGAAGAAAAAAAAAGGAGAGAAAAAAAAGAGAAAAAAGUGUUUCAUGAAUCUAGAGCACAAGCCAGUCAAAAACACAACUUCAUAAUCCUGAUAUUUGUUCAUGAAUAGGAAAUCAGUAGUUUGGUUAUUAUUGGUUUAUUUUUAGGAAUGGGUAAUUAGUAGUCGAUUUAUCUAAUAUUUCUGCAAUGAGAUCAGUCAAAUUGUGAGCAUGAGAUGUGGCAAUGAGUUUCAUAACUGUUUUUGACACUAUCAUAACACUUAAAUGUACUGUAUACUAAGUUACCAGAGACAGCCAUAGCUAGCCCUCUAAACGAGAGCGCUCAUACGGAGUGAGGUCUGUAGAGGUUUCAUGCUAACCUUUGAGAGGUUACCUUAAACUGACCAAAAAACUUCAAACUGCCCUGAAUGCUAUUCAUGAAAUACCAAAAUUGCGUAUAGCUAUAGCACUUAUAAUUUUUUUUUUUUUCUGAUGGCAGAUGUAGCCAUGGUCAUGUGUUUUAAAUCAUUAUCCUGCACGUAAGGAUUGUUCAGGUCAUGGCCAAGUCUAUCAGAAAAAAGUCCUUUUUGCAUAUCUUGUACCCAGACACUUGCAAUGCAUAAGACUGUUGAGCUCUAUAGUAUAUAGUAUAUAGUAUGGGACCAUGCUUAGUGAGAUCUGUGUUCGUGUUCUAAACUGAGUGCGAAGCAGUCGUGCGUGUGCAGUAGGUGAUGACAACGUUCACCAAUGAGACCGAGAGCAGCCGUCUUCUCAGACUAAUGAGCAUCAUUCUCUGAGGUGAAUCAUGUGACAUGCACACUGACUUCCAGGUCAAGAUGGAGAAUGACUAUUUAAAAAAAAAAAAAAGCCUUGUUGGAAUGAUAUUUAUUU